AUGGCUCAGAUUCCAAUAUUUGUUCCAUUGUUUUCCGGAGUUUUGAAGGGAAAUUCCUGCAAUCAUCUGUUGAAAUUCCUACCUUGUUCUUCUAACUUGCCAUCUACCGAAACAGCUUAUCCUCCAUCACAAACCAAUUAUUUGGACAAACUACCAGCUUUGUUGUAA